UGCUCCUGUAGCGGUCUCCGUCUCCCAGCAGAAGACGCAGCCAUGAAUCCGUUAUUCGGCCCCAACCUCUUCCUCUUACAGCAGGAGCAGCAAGGCCUGGCCGGGCCGCUGGGGGACCCUCUGGGAGGCGACCACUUCGCCGGGGGAGGGGACGUGUCCCCGGUGCCGCUCGCCCCGGCCGGCCCGGCUGCUUACUCGCCGCCCGGGCCGGGCCCGGCGCCCCCCGCCGCCAUGGCUCUCCGCAACGACCUGGGCUCCAACAUCAACGUGCUCAAGACCCUGAACCUCCGGUUCCGCUGCUUCCUGGCCAAGGUGCACGAGCUGGAGCGCCGCAACCGGCUGCUGGAGAAGCAGCUGCAGCAGGCGCUGGAGGAGGGUAAGCAGGGCCGGCGGGGCCUGGCUCGCCGCGACCAGGCCGUGCAGACCGGCUUCGUCAGCCCCAUCCGGCCCCUGGGGCUGCCCCUGAGCGCCCGGCCCGCCGCCGUCUGCACCCCUUCGGCGCGGGUGCUGGGCUCGCCCGCGCGUUCGCCAGCCGGCCCCCUCGUGCCCUCCGCGGCCUGCCACUCGUCGCCCUCCACCUCCACCUCCACCUCCUACUCCUCGUCAGCCCGCUUCAUGCCCGGCACCAUCUGGUCCUUCUCUCACGCCCGCCGUCUCGGUCCGGGACUGGAGCCCACGCUGGUGCAAGGGCCUGGCCUGUCGUGGGUGCAUCCCGACGGGGUGGGCGUCCAGAUCGACACCAUCACCCCCGAGAUCCGCGCGCUCUACAACGUCCUGGCUAAAGUGAAGCGCGAGCGGGACGAGUACAAGCGGAGGUGGGAAGAGGAGUACACUGUGCGGAUACAGCUGCAGGAGCGAGUGAACGAGCUCCAGGAGGAAGCCCAGGAGGCCGAUGCCUGCCAAGAGGAGCUGGCCAUGAAGGUGGAGCAACUGAAAGCUGAGCUGGUGGUCUUCAAGGGGCUCAUGAGCAAUAACCUGUCUGAGCUGGACACAAAGAUCCAGGAGAAGGCCAUGAAGGUAGACAUGGACAUCUGUCGCCGCAUCGACAUCACCGCCAAGCUGUGCGAUGUGGCUCAGCAGCGCAACUGUGAGGACAUGAUCAAGAUGUUCCAGAAGAAGCUGGUCCCAUCCAUGGGGGGGCGGAAGCGGGAGCGCAAGGCUGCCAUCGAGGAGGACACCUCCCUGUCGGAGAGUGACGGGCCCCGCCAGCCCGAUGGGGAUGAGGAGGAGAGCACAGCCCUCAGCAUCAACGAGGAGAUGCAGCGCAUGCUCAACCAGCUGAGGGAGUAUGAUUUUGAGGACGACUGUGACAGCCUGACUUGGGAGGAGACUGAGGAGACCCUGCUGCUUUGGGAGGAUUUCUCAGGCUAUGCCAUGGCAGCCGCAGAGGCGCAGGGAGAGCAGCAGGAAGACAGUUUGGAGAAGGUGAUUAAAGAUACGGAGUCCCUGUUCAAAACCCGGGAGAAAGAAUAUCAGGAAACCAUUGACCAGAUAGAGCUGGAGCUGGCCACGGCCAAGAAUGACAUGAACCGCCACUUGCACGAGUACAUGGAGAUGUGCAGCAUGAAACGCGGCCUGGACGUGCAGAUGGAGACCUGUCGCCGGCUCAUCACCCAGUCGGGAGACCGAAAGUCUCCUGCUUUCACUGCGGUCCCGCUUAGCGACCCGCCGCCGCCGCCGCCAAGCGAAGCUGAGGACUCCGAUCACGAUCACGAUGUCUCAUCUGAUAGCUCCAUGAGAUAGGGACCUGCCUCCAGCGCCCUGGGGCCCCGCCGUGCUGGGAACUCACCGAGGCAGGGGUGGGGGGGUUCACAGCAGGGGAACAUCAUCCGUCUCGCCGCACCAAGCCUCGCCCCUGGGGACUGGGGCGCUCCUCCCUCGGGCUUCCUGCCUGUGACCUUGGCCUCCAGGGUUCUAAGGUGUCUGGAGCGAGGCUUAGCCCGUCCGUCCCAGGUGACUCCCACCACAGCUGGGGCUCUCCUGCCUUCAUGCGUGGGUGGCUGCUACUUUCGCAUCUUUAAAAUGCUGCCAGAGCGAUCGUGGUCCCUUACUUUCUCCACUGAGUAAGGAAUGUGAUCGUCAGACCUUCCUUCCGUUUCUGUGGCCUCAGCCAGUUUAUGGUCUGAUUCUGUACUGGUGCUACCUGGCCCAGGCACUGGUAUGAGGUGGGUGAGGCUAGAGGUUGCAUGGCUUAUGCAACACAUGCUGUGAGAGAGGGCCGCCCCCCCCUUGGCGCAGGUGGGAGGACGGACUGGGCAGUGCCCUCCGUCCUCCCUCCGUCGGCCUAGUGCUCCCGGCCAUCUGCCUGGGGACUGGGGACGGCAGAUGUGGCGGCCGCCCUUCCCCCGGGCAGUGCCUGCCUUCGGGGGCCCUUAGUGCCUCCGUUCUGGGUGGCUUCUGGGAAUGACUGGGUGUGGCGGCGUGGAGGGAGAUGGAAGCCCCUGCUUGUUUCCCAGUCAGCGCUGAGUGGCAGAGAAAAAGGUGAAGCUACUUGUGCGUGCGGGUGUGCGUGCGUGUGUGCGCGCUCAGGGUCUCCGUCUCUUCAAGUAUCAGCUGAAGAUGUGCCUCCUCCGUGUCUGUCACGCACUGAGAGCAACAGGCUAAGAUGUCCGGACUUGGAAAAGCUUGGGGGAACCUGGGGCGCACAAACGAGGACACAUCACAUCAGUCUGCCUGUCUGAGGGAGGCUGGGCUGACGUUGGAACGGAAUCUUUAAUAAUAAUCAAACUGGAGAGUAUUUAUCGAA